AUGCACGUCCACUUCAAGCCUCUCCUCGUUGCUGCCUUAAGCCUCGUGCUAUCUACCAGGGCUGACCUGAUUGAUAGCUCGAGGAGUGAACCAGGAUCUGAAGUUACUAAAGGUUCCCUCGCAUGCGGCAAUCCCGGACACGCAGUGCCCCUCUACCGAGCCUAUUAUCCGCCCAAUCCUAACCACUUCUACACCACCUCCAGACCCGAGUUUGAAAACGCCGUCUCUAAUCUCGGAUACACGAACGAAGGAACCGCAGGAUAUGUUUUCCCCCUCCACCAACCUUCCACGGUACCCCUCUACAGACUCUAUAGCCCCUCUGCUGUCGAUCAUUUCUACACUACAGAUGCGAAGGAGAGGGAUAAUGCUAUUGAGAGGUUGGGGUACUUAGAUGAAGGCGUGGUGGGGUAUGUGUAUGGCGAUUCAGGAUGCGGUGGAAUGCCGUUGUGGAGGCUUUACAGUCCUAGGGCCAGAGAUCAUUUCUAUACCAUGAGCACGGCGGAGAGGGAUAAUGCGAGUGAGAAGCUAGGGGGCUGGCUUUUCCAUAUUCGGAUUGCCGCCAAACAGACCGCCAAACACUCGACUUCUUUCGAGUCGUAUCUUCGCCACAGCGGUUCAACAUCUUCAACCAUAAAACGACAGGUAGAAGACAAGGCAGCCCAUGGAACCUACACAACAAGGGACGGCUAUUCCCACAUCCCCCGUCCCCGCCGUUGUUUCUCUUCCGCUGCCAUCAACGACUCCAUGUCCAUUUACAACCUUCCUCCCGAAAUAGUUGACUGUAUUCUCGAAUUUCUGGUUGAAACUGCCCCAGACCGCCAUUCGACCUCCCUCACCCAGGGCAGCUUGGUCUGCCGCGCCUUUCGUUCUACAUCCCAGCGCCUUCUCUUUAGAAGCAUCUCACUAAGGGCGCUCAUUGCACACCAUAUCCUCCAAGUUAUUGACAUCCUCCAUUCCAACCCGGAUACCUUUGGGUCGUACGUCCAGAAGCUCACACUGACGCCCAUGAGAUGGCGCGGCAUGAGUGCAAAGGAGACAAUCAGGCUCUAUCCCAAUGAUACCGAAGAGGAGAACAGCCCCCUCAACACGUUUAUUCUCCUGGUCCCUAACCUCAAGAGCCUAUGUAUUGAUGGCAGAACAUGUACCUGGGAUACCUUCCCGUCCAGGAUGAAGGAGCACGUCGAGGGCAUCCUCAAGGGCACCAUCCCGAACCAAGUCGAGGCAUUGGAGCUCCAGCAUAUCCCAUGCUUUCCGCCGAAGCUUUUUCUCUCCGCAUCUCGCAUCAAGGCGGUCACGAUCGCGGAAAGCGUACAAGUCAAGCCCGAAGAUCUGUCGCCAUUCCACAAAUACUUCGACGACGGCGGACCUUCGCCAUCGCGCGACGAAGCCGCAACCGACUUCGCAGUUUCUCUACGGUCCCUGAACUUCAGAUCAUUGUAUUAUCCCGUCAAACUCUUCACUGCCGUCCCUUCGAUCCUUGCGACUCUUACGACACUUUCAAUGAAUAUCGCCUGGAGUGGGGACGAUUGGGCUGCGCAAUUUAUGGUCGAUGCUUGUCACCGCUCACUCCAAACGUUGGACGUUCGAUGGAAGGUUCGCCACUCCGACUGGGACUACAAUAACAGCAGAGCCCUUGACCUAAGCCGCUGCAAAUCCCUGAAACACCUGAAGCUUCAAAUGAACGGCCUUCACACUGUGUCUUGGGGCGACCCAGAGGUCGUGGCAGAUCCCAGACCGCUCGGUAUCCUUGUGGACAGCUUGGCGUCGAUCAGCAGCCCCUCCCUAGUCGAGAGCGUCCGGUUGGCCAUGGAGGGCUCUCUCCCUCUUGUAGACGACGGGCUUUUUCUUCCAGAGCACGGCAACCCCACGCUGUUCCUACACCCUAUGACCGAGUCCGUCAAGGGACGGUGGGAUGACCUGGACGAGAUACUCUCCAGUUCUACCAAGUUCCCGGCGCUUCGCAAUGUGGAUCUCGACUAUAGCUUGGAAGCUACAGGGAGUGCACUGCAAGGCGAAAUGACGGGGGCAAGAUGGGAAGACGGGAUUCGCAGAAGUAAAUCGAUUGCUGUGACUGGAAUUGAAACCGGGACUUUGGAUAUAGAGGACCCGACAGCGGCGAUCCACGAACUCACGCCAUCUGCGGCGAUCGAUCGAUAUCCAUCCGUCACUGACUCGCAGUGA